AUGGCGGACUGCUUCCCGCCCGAGGCCGACGACCUCCACCGCCGCUGGCUGCCCCGGGAGAUCUUCGCCGACAUUGGCAUCGUCGACACCGAGCCCGUCCCUGACGCCCCGCCCGAGGCCGCCGGCGUGGAGGAGCUCGCGGCGCAACUCGCCGGCAUCCUCGGCGGCGGGAGCAAGGUGCGCCGGCUUCCUCCGCCGCCUCCGCCGCCCGUCGCCGCCCCGCGCCACGGCGCGCAGGUCAGUGCUCGUGGUCUGCGGGCUGGAAGGGAGCGCCGUGGCGGCCUGCGGCGGGGCCAAUGGCGUCGGCGCCGGCGCGGCGGCGGUGGCCUGGCCCUUCGUGCCGUACCCGCCGGCGCAGUGGCAGGGCGGGAGCAACCUGGUGAACCUGGGCGGCGUGCUGGACUACUACUACUCGGCGUUCCCCCCGGCACCGCCGUGCCCCGUCCCGCCGCCGGCGAACCUGCGCGGCGGCACCGGCGUGUUCAUCCCGCGCACCGCGUGCGCGCUCUCCCCGGCCCCGGCCAAAGGUGGGAUAGCGACAAGGGCGUGGCCUGGGACCGGGGGGACGUGCAGGCCGGCAACGGGGAGGAAGCAGGAGUGGCAGCAGGACGAGACGCCGACGACGCAGUUGAGGCCGCAGGAGGAGACGCCCACGCACGCCUGCCCGCGGCCGGAGCUGACGCUGCUGCCCCAGGAUUGGAGCUACCGCUGAUGGACGGACGGGACGCUUCGUGGCGCGUGCGGGCGUGGCUGCAUGGAUGGAUAAUGGCGAAAAGAACAAGCAAAGCAUUCACAUUCGUAGUAGAGUGUUCUUUUUUCUUUUUGCGAAGGGUAGUAGAGUGUUCUUGUAGCGGCAGUAGCCAGGAAUGAAAAUAAUAAAAGUAACCAUAAUAAGAUAAAAUGAUGGACGGACAACCAAGUAGUUGUAGGUGGGAUUUGGGAGACAACAACAAAACUGGAGAGCCAAAAAAAGGGCAAAAUGGGCUAGGAUGGUAGGUCUUGCACUAGUGCUUCUCUGGUCGUAUGUUACAGUAGGAACAAAAAGCUAUGGCGAUCCGUGGCAUCUGUUGUUGCUGAAAUAAACUAUUAAUUUUGUAGGUGUUGAAAGAGAAUUGGA